GGCGACAGGACAGCAACAGGACCCCUGAAAAUUAUUAACCAAGGACCACUACAAUUUGACAUGAAUAAAAAAAACCUGCGGCGGAUCGUAUGAUACAACUCCACGUUUUAAACGUUUUACGCUACAAGUUUGGCAUGUCUGCGUGGCAUCAUUUAAAGGACGGCGAGGAAUGGCUUGCAUACCAAACAGGCGAAGAUCAAUGCGUAUAUUUAUGGAAGACAGACAUCACAAUGCUGUUGGUCGGGCAGACUGGACAUGGAAAGAGUGCCACCGGAAACAGCAUCUUGGGAAGAAACGAAUUUGUAUCUAAACGCUCACCGGGGUCCGUGACAGAUGCCAUAAAACGAGCGGUCGCGUUAAGAAAUGGGCGUCGAAUUGAAAUCGUAGAUAGCCCUGGCUUUGCUGAUACAUCAAGAGGAAAAGAGUUUGUACGGAAUAGCCUUCUGCAGGCUGUCUACCAAACGCUUCCUGGCUUUAACGCAAUUGUAUUUGUCAUGUAUCCAGAUAGGUUUACUGAUGAACUGGUUAGAACCGUUAAUCUGUUCUUUGAGUUCUUUGGCGAAGGUGUUGGGACAUUUGCAUUCAUUCUUUUCACACACACGAAAUCAAAGGCCAGCAUGCAUGAAUAUAUACGUUUCGCUGAUGAAAACCCAACGGAAAACGUGAAAGUCCUUCUGGAUUUAAUAGAGAGGUGUGGAAGCAAGGUUAUGUACAUCGACAACGACGAAAGGAAGGAAAAUAAGCAAGUCAUGGUUGAUGAAAUUAUUCGCACUAUUGACAAGAACAAAGAGUUGCAAGGACAAGAAUAUUUCACCAAUGCCAUGUUCAAAGAAAUAACAAAUUUUGCAGACAGGUACAUUGUAGAGAAUACUCAAGUGAAACCACGUAUGAGUAAAAAUGAAAAUGACAUGGUCGAAAUGAGAAAUACAUUUUUUUUAGAUGAACACAUAUCCGAGAAGGACAAUACAAACAAGAUAGUUUCGGAGAGCGCACAGAGGGUUUCAAGAUUAAAAGAACGAUUUGAGUUGGCAAAAACUGAACAAGAAAUGUUAAAAAUACAACGAUUUGAACGACCGAGUGUAAAGCGUGGGGUAAGUGUUCAGGACCUGAAAAAACAAUUCGAUGUUUCUUUGAUGGAACCAAACAGUACACGCAUUCAAUUUGAUAGCGCCAGUGCACAUCAAUUUGAAAAUAUAUGGCAACAAGGACAUGUACAACAAUAUACAUUCGGUCGAGGAAGACAACAUUAUAGAGAUUCUCAAAGGAUGCAUAUUUCUGGAAAUAAAACUAAACAUACACUUCAAAAUAAAUUUAAAGGGGAGUUUUAUGAAAAUCUUAAUAAAAAAAUACACGACGGUGUGCGGCAUUCUUAUGCUAAUCGGCAGUCUACGAAAGCUCUUGACGUUGAAGAGGUUGAAGACAAUUUUAAAUCUGAUGAGCUUGAAAGUAACUUUACUGGUGGGUUUGAUCCAAAUCUGCAUACGAAACUACAAGACGGUAUUCAACAUGCAUAUAUCGAACCGCAAUCUGCUAUGGCAAGUGACAUAGAAACGGAAGACUUUAUUGACAAUCAAGUACCCGGCAGAAAAUACGACACAUUUAAGGACAAGAUCAUCAACGAUAAAGGCUUCUUCGAACGUGCUUUUGGCGUUUUUGGACAUUGGUUGAACAACUGCUUUCAAACAUUAAAAAACUUGUUUUGACGGUUAAACGAUAUGAGACUAAGGGCCAUACAAAAUGUUUAUCUUUGCUGCUAUAUUGUUGACAAAUGUGGUAACAAGAUUCGAUGCAAAGCUGUCUUUGAUCUACAAACGAUACAUGUCGUUUUGACUUAUUUUUUGUGUCGUUUUAUUGGGAACAUAAUUGCUUUUGACUUAGUGUUUCUAAACGUUUAAAUUGGAUGAAAUUGCAAAGUUUUGUAAGUAGGGCAGCUCUGUAGUAUCUUUGUAAUGAUACCUUUUAAUACUUGCCCAUACUUUGUCUUACCAUUUCUUUUCAGUUCUCAUAAUUGAUUUAAACUUCUAUGUUGGCAAUCUAGUUGACCAUUUUUCUUGUAUGUAUACAAAUGCAUAUAUUCAAGUGUGAAUAAGAAUAUCAAGACUUA